AUGAAGCUGGGAAAACUUUUGACCGCCGCAUUAACAUCAUGCGCCAUCGUUAACGCUAAUCCUGUCCUCCGGAGAGAUACCAAUACUUCGGUUUCGACGUCCACUAGCAACUAUACAAUGCAGACGGCAACGAUUUCAGACGCGGCCUCGACCACUGACGCUGUGCUAACUGUGUCGCAAGGUCGUUUUGGUGCCUUAUUCAAACCUAAAGUGUUGAUUAUCAAUAUGUUCUUCAAAGAAGAGUCCAACUGGAUUGAAAGCAUGGAUCUCAAAUACAAUAUUUCGGUGCCCAUGUUAUCGCCCGAGUACCCCUUUGUACACUCUAAUGCCAACUACUCCAUCAUGUCCGUGACUACCGGAGAAGGUGAAAUCAAUGCGGCUACCACCAUUACUGCCCUGGCUCUGUCUCCACUAUUUGAUCUUACAGAAACGUACUUCUUGGUUUCCGGUAUUGCAGGCGGUACUCCAGACUUAACCACCAUCGGCUCUGUGACAUAUCCCAAAUACGCCGUGCAAGUGGGACUGCAAUACGAAAUUGACGCCAGGGAAAUUCCGGCUAACUGGACUUAUGGGUACGUCAACUUUGACACUUCCAAGGACAACAUGUAUCCUGGCACCAUUUACGGUACUGAGAUCUUCGAGCUGAACGAAGGCCUCAGAAACAGAGCAAUGGAAGUGGCCUCUAACGUAACCCUGAACAAUGGUACGGUUGGUAACGUUGCUUUCCGCCAAAAAUACAACUCCUCUCAGGCCGCUUACGGCCCUCCUAAGCUUGUUGCAUGUGACACUGCUACCUCAGAUGUUUACUGGUCUGGAGCGACUUUGGAAAAAGCCUUUAGCGACUUCGUUUCCACCGUUUCCAACAACUCGGCGACCUAUUGCUCUACGCAACAAGAGGAUAACGCUUCACUGGAAGCUAUUCUGCGUGCUGCCAAGCAUGGAUUGGUGGACUAUGCCCGUGUAACCAUUAUGCGCAGUAUCUCUGACUUUGACAGGGCCCCUGAGGGCUACUCCGCUACUGAGUUUUUCUUUACAUCAGGGCUGCAAGGUGGUAGCAAGAGUGCUUUCACCAAUUUGUACCUCGCUGGAAAACCAUUUGUUGAGGAUAUCAUCAAGAAUUGGGACUCCAUGUACAAGACAAACAAGUUUGCCCCCAAGAACUACAUCGGCGAUUACCUAGAGACGCUGGGUGGUGUGCGUAACUUCGGAUUGAGCAGCUAA